CUUCCCCGCCAGCUCAACAAUAAUGGCAACCCCGGCUUCUGCCCUGUCAUCGCACGAGAGGACCCGGGUCGAGGAUUAUCUGAACGACAAGCUGCAGGUUUCUGCCGACUUGGACAGUCUCGACUCGUUGCUGUCGAGUCUCCGGGCCCAGCAUGAGCUGCAACGCAAGCAGUUAGCGGAAGCACAAGAAGCGCUAUCCAACGCUACGAAAGCCUCCAAUGACCACGCCGAAGCCACUCGAAAGCGAGCCGAAGCAUUCGGUGAGCAGCAGGCGGAUAUUGACCAGCGUCUGAAAGCUCUCACGGGUUCGAAUUCCAGCGAUGAGGCGGCAAAACGAUUCGAAGCUAGUAUCGAGAAGCUGCGGAGACUUGAAAUCUCCAGGGGUUAUAUGACUUUGCUGAAGGAGGCGGAAGGACUGAGCAAGGAGGCCUUGAAAAACAUCAAAGACCAGCCCCAGAUCGCGAUCCAAUCAUAUACCCGACUGCGCAAGAUUGCUCGAUCCCUCACAGAAGCUCAGCCGGCAGCAGAAGGAGCAGCCCCUCACCUGGUCGACUACGUGGGAAAGCUGGCCUCUGCCCUUCGGGAACACAUGAAAGCAGACUUUACUCGACGACUGCAGGGAACGAUGGAACAAAUGAAGUGGCCGUCGAAGGACCUACAUUUCCCGGACGAUCUACAGAACCAGUGGAGGGAGAAUGUGGAAUUGCUUCUUGAUCUGCAGAAACCGGAACUUCAGGGCCAUGCAGCUGGAUUCACUCACCACGGUAACGAGCCCCUAGUUCUGCUACCAUUGGAAGUGAUGGUGCACCCGCUCGAGCUUCGCUUCAAAUACCAUUUUAGCGGAGACAAGCCGACGAAUAGGCUGGACAAGCCCGAAUAUUUCCUAGCUCAUGUGAUGGACCUGAUCAACAAUUUUGGCGGGUUCUUCGCAUCGUCCCUACAACCCAUUUUCGAUCAAGAGGCGCAGAACGUCGGCGCGGACCUGGGGUGGAAUUUCCACAAUGCCUCUCACGCUGUUAUCACAGCGCUUCUGCCUGUGCUGAAGCACAAGAUCACUACCUUUCUGCCCCAAAUCUCAACCCACCCGCAGCUCCUCAGUCACUUUAUGCACGAAUUGAUGAACUUUGACAACGAAGUCCGCGAGUCGUGGAACUACCUACCCGACCCAUAUUCCAACGAGGACUGGAAGGGAAUGACCUGGGAUGUCCUGACCAAGCAAGGCUGGUUUGACCGCUGGCUUCAGGUCGAGAAGGAUUUCGCACUAGCCCGCUACAGGGAGAUUGUAGACGCUCCGGAUAGUGGCCACAUCGACUAUGACGGAGUUGAUCUCUCUUCAACUAAGCCCACCAAGGCUGCAAUCCGGGUAAAUGAUCUUCUCGAGACAAUCACGGAGCGCUAUCAGCCACUGUCGUCAUUCAGUCAGAGACUGCGCUUCCUCAUCGACAUCCAGAUCACCAUCUUCGAUCAAUUCCACGAACGCCUGCACUCCGCACUCGAGGCCUACCUUGCCAUGACGUCGGCUAUCGGACGCACCGUGCAAGGCGCGGAUGCAGCUAGCAUAGAAGGCGUCGCCGGCCUAGAACGACUCUCCCGGGUCUUUGGCAGCGCAGAAUACCUCGAGAAGAAGAUGGAGGACUGGAGUAACGAAGUCUUCUUUGUGGAGCUCUGGACCGAGCUCCAGGAACGAGUUCGACAGAACAAGGACGGCGGCAAGAAUGUGGCAGGAACCAUGUCCGUCGCCGACGUCGCAUCUCGCACCUCCCAGGCCGUCAACAACAACAACAGCCAAGGCACCGCGUCCGAGGGCGCACUCUUUGACGAAACAGCCUCCGCCUAUCGCCGUCUCCGACUCCGCUCCGAAUCCAUCAUUACCUCAACUCUCACCUCCAACGUGCGCUCCGCCUUGAAACCCUUCUCCCGCGUUUCCACCUGGGCCACCAUUUCCGCGACCACACCUGUCGCCCCCCUCCCCCCAACCUCUGAUCUCUCCCCAGCCAUGCGUACGCUUUCCGCAGAGAUAUCCUUCCUUUCCCACGCACUGGGUAUUGCCCCCUUGCGCCGCAUUAUCCGUCAGGUCCUCCUCGCCAUCCAGACGUAUCUCUGGGGUAACAUCCUAACACGGAACACCUUCUCCGCGGCCGGAGCAUCCCAAUUCAUCAGCGAUGUAGAACACCUCUGCAGCGUGGUCGAUACCGCUCUUGGAGCAGCCGGCCAAACAGGCGGUUCCAUGCGAGUAAUGCGAAAGCUCGCCGAGGGACUCGUCCUUCUCGGAUUGGACACCACAACCACGACGGAACCUGAAGACAAGACAGGGGGAGAGGGAGAAUCACGCCCAGGCCUAUGGGAAGUCGAGAAACGACUGUUCAAAGAUAACGAGAGCGCUCGUGUUGUGCUCGCCGAGCUAGGGAUCGAAACCUUGACCGAGGCAGAAGCAAGGAGUGUACUUGAGAGACGAGCUGAGAUUGGUAACUAGAUUGGCAGUUCAGUGAGGUGCCUCUGGCGUUACGGUCCCGGUAGUAUUAUACUUGCAAAACACACCGGCGGUGGUACCACGUAUAUAAGGGGGGCGAGGAGGGACGAAGGGAGAGAGACGGUUUUCCUGUCCAGCGAACAGCAUGAGAUAUCCCAUUGAUUCUGGUCCUAAUCGAAUACUAAUACUACUAGUACUCCGUAUUUCUUUUGGUCUUGCG